UGGGGGAGAAGUUGGAUCAUCAGAGAGAGUCUCGUGCUCUCCGCCGGUUCUGAACGGAAUACGUGCAGCUGUUCUCCAGGCUGCGGAUCUAAGCGGCCGGACACGUGUUCUGGAGCUGAUGCGUGGGCACUCAGCACACACUCCUCUGCCUUCUGGAGCAUGUCAGGACAGUGUGGCGGCGCAGGGCACUGGGAAUGGUCUGACCAGGCCUAAGUGUAUCCCAGCAUGCACCAGCUCUUCCGUCUAGUGCUGGGCCAGAGGGACCUGUCCCGAGCUGGAGAUCUCUUCUCCCUGGAUGACGGCGAGAUCGAGGGCUGCUUGUCUCAGGCACUGGAGGAAAUCAAGAACAUCUCAUGCUCUCCAGACUACCUGACCAAUGACAAUGACCAGGCGGUUGUGGAGAUCUGCAUCACGCGCAUCACCACAGCGAUCCGGGAGACCGGCUCUAUUGAGAAACACGGUGCCGCUCUGGUGGCUCUGUGGGAAUCCUGCCUCGAGCACAACCUGCAGCCGCAGGGCAAAGACGAGGACACGCCCCACGCCAAGAUCGCCUCUGACAUCACCAGCUGCAUACUGCAGAACUAUAACCGGGCUCCGGUGAUGGCCCUGGCGGUUCCGGUGGCGGUCCGAUUCCUGCAGCAGGGAAACCGAGAGCUGAGUCGGAACAUGUCCAGCUACCUUUCACUGGCUGCCAUCGCUAAAGCUGAGCUCCUCGUCCAACACACCAAGGCCAUCACCCUCAGCGUGCUGGGAGGUAACAGCAUGCUGCUGCGCGUCCUCCCCUCCGUUUAUCCUCUGCAGCCUGAACCCAUCCACCAGCACAUCCGAGAGCUGGCGGCCAUGAUGCCAGAGCUCGACCAGGCCAACAGGCAGCAUCUGCUCCGACUGCUCCAGAUGAUCUCAGAACAGCAGCCGCAGGUGUUGACCCCUCUGGUGCCGUGUCUGAUUGGUCAUCUCGGCGACGCCACACUGAACGAUUCCCUCCUGACUGUGCUGGUGGGCGUGGCUCAGGUUAGCCCCACCUCUCUCGGCCUGUUUCUGCCCGUCCUGAGGACUGUGGGUCAGCAGACGCCGGGGCUGCUGGGACAUGUAGCCAAGAUCCACGGGGCGGUGGGCCUGACCAGUGAGGAUCAGGCUCGGGAGGCUCUGCUGUACCUGGUGUCUCUGUUAGCGUGUAUGGAGCACAGUGUCCACCACACCCUGCUGCUGGAGAUCCGCAGCCUAACUGAUCGCUAUAGCAACAUCCUUGGGGGAGGAGCCAAAGACAUCUACCGCAUGAGCAACAGCUUCAGUGCCAUCGCCAGGCUUCUGGGGCGGAGGCUAGAGGCUGACGUUGGCCCAGCUAACAGAGGAAACGAGGAGGUUGCAGACGCUAAGCGAGGGGAGCGUGAGUGCAGUCCUGAUGAAGAUGGUGAAGAGCAGCAUCUGCAGGUGAAGAUCCAGGCCUUUGAGGAGAAGAUGGGAGAGGACGGGGUUGAGACAGAGGCUGGGGGAGGCUCUCCAGGACCACAGAGACGCCACAGUCUGGGACAGGCGGCACGGGAUGAGCGGCGAGAAAUGAGAUUCAAUAGAUCUAAGAGUCUGGCAUUGCAUGCCAUCCGCUCCCGGUCCACCAACCCCGACAGCGUUCAGGAAGGGGAGGGGGCGGAGCUUAACCCUGACUCCUUUCUAAUUGAGCCCACUCUGAACCCAGAGACUGCCCCCUCCCAUGUGCAGGAGAACCACAGUGCCCGGGACACGGGGACACAAAGGGAGACGGAGAAGGAGGGGGUGGAGACUCGGGAGGGGGACAGACUGUGGACGCACCUGCGGGACAACAUGGAGAAAAUCAGAUCCUUCUGCUCCGAGAUGAUCAGACAGAUCCCCAUUCCAGAGCAGUGCAUCAUUGAAGACUCUCACCGUGGCUGUGUGGCUAAGCUGUCCUUCUCCUGUCCACUGAAGGGUCAUUACUGCCUUUAUGGAAAGUCCAGCUUUUUACUGUCCAGCCGGCAGCCCCACCUCUGGAUACGGAUCAUGCUGCUCGCUCUGCAGAAUAAGACGAGUGAGGUGCUGAGUUAUGAAGAUGUGUGUGUGCAGCAGCUGAGGAAGUUGUGGGAGAAGACUCAGCUGAAAGGAGCUCACAGCUUUGAGCUCGCCAUGACUCAGACUCCUGUCCCACACAAGAAGGAUCUGGACAGUCUGCAGAUCCAUCUGGAGGAGGUUCGCUUUUUUGAUCUGUUUGGCUACAGCGAGGAGGAGGGCGGAUGGCUGUGUUUUAUGUGCAACAAUCCAGAGAAGGCCACAGUCGUGAAUCUGGAUGGCCAGCCGCUCAUCGAGGGCAAACUGAAGGAAAAACAGGUGCGCUGGAAGUUCAUCAAACGCUGGAAAACACGCUACUUCACUCUGGCUGGCAACCAACUCCUCUUCCGGAAGGGCAAAUCAAAGGACGAGCUGGACGACAGCCCCAUCGAGCUGAGCAAGGUUCAGAGCGUGAAGGUGGUGGCGAAAAAACGGAGGGACCGCGGUCUGCCCCGGGCCUUCGAGAUCUUCACGGACAGUAAGACGUACGUGCUGAAGGCGCGGGACGAGAAGCAUGCUGAGGAGUGGCUGCAGUGCAUUAAUGUAGCUGUAGCUCAAGCCAAAGAGCGCGAGAAUCGCGAGGCCACUACAUACCUGUGAGUUACAGCUACCUGGACUACAGGACGACAGGGGUUUGCGUUCAACGGAUGCUCUGCAGAUGUCGAUUCAUACUGAAUGGAAGCAUGUGCUUACAAAAACUGGGAAAACUGGAUGUGCCGUU